AUGCCCAAAACCCACCUAGCAAUAACUUACCACACACUCACCUCAGCAAAUCUCCUUAUUGCACAACACUGGAAAUUCAAGAAGCCACCAGAUCUCACAUACUUACUAAAUCAAAUUACACUCAAUUGGACAUAUGAAGCCAUGCACCAACACCAAUUUGGACCUAAACAGGUGUUAGCGAAAGCAAAAACGCUAUGGGACACGUUCACCCAAGACAGG